CGCCGCUCGAGCGGCUUGCGCUGUGGCGCGACGAGCUCACGCGAGAGACGGCGCACAACGUGCAUGCGUUGCUCACCCGCCUCCUCGCCGGCGCCGGUGGGUGCGCGGGUGACCUUCUCGCGUGGGACGCCGUGCUGCGUGCGCUCAGCCAGAGCAAAGUGACGGCGCACGCGAUUGUGUACGAGGACAUGAAGGUGUCGCUAGCGCGCCUCACGACGGCGGAGCAGCGUGGCCAACUGCGCGGCCACUGCCAGGCCGUGGCGUUGGAUGCGGUGGCCGCGCUGCUGCAGCAAAUGGAUGCGUGA